UCCUCUCGCUCUCUCCAUCUCUCUGGGUCGGUCCCGGAGCCUCAGACUGGAAUUAUCCGGGUGAGAGGACACAACAUGCGGACAGCGAGGCUCCAGGCGGCCGCGGUGCUGCUCCUGUUCGCCGCAGUGUGCGGGUCGCGCGCGGAGGUGAUCGAUGACGUCCUGGGCAGCCUCUCCAGAGGAGCAUCCUUCCUGGAGCAGCAGCAUGAGCACAUCAACCUGGACGGAGUGGUCGGGUUCCUCAUGCUGCAGGCCGAGCUGAAGGAAGCUGUUCGGACAUGGCCUCACACUGACAUGGUCAGCUGGGCUCAGAGAACCUCCACCGUAGCACUGGUCAAACGUCUUGACCAAACCUUUGAAAAGGCUGUCGCUGCCCUGCAGCAGAAUGACCCCAAGUACUACAGAGAGUUCGAGCCCUUGCUGUCGUGGAGUUUCUACUUGAUUCCCCAGGAGUGGAGCUCCACAGAUCCCAGCCUGGUCUAUCCCUCCACCACGACCACUGAGUGUUAUGAUGAGCAGCUCAGUGACAAAUGUCUGACCCUGCUGCUGGGAACCUGGAAGAUGAACGGGACGCCCUGUAUCGUGACCAAGCCCUGUCGGGACACCAUGACUCAUUUUGGUUGUCCGCAUUACUCCUUGUCCCACCAGCUGCUCUACUUCAUGAUCGGGAAAAUGAGAGGCUGCACUAACCUGCUGAAAGGCGACACACGACCCACUAGAGCCAACAUGACUGAGAGAAACUACCAGAGGAUCUUCUGCUCCAACAUGAUGAAGACCAACCUGGACAUCAUCAAAGAUGGUCUGACCGAACAGACAGUCGACAUCUUCAUUGAAAACAUCCUGAUAUGUGGAUUGGCUGGUUUCUCCGACUUCUACAAAGCUGAUUGGCUGCAGCACAUCCUCAGGCUGCAGGACGAGGAAGUGGGCUGCUUUGGGAGAGACAAGAGCAUCAUGUCUCAGAUCAUUGGAGACGAGCUGCUGGAACAGCUGCAGCCGCACAGGAGAGUGAAGAGGAGGGAGAAGAUACUUCCAGAUGGCUGCUCCAGUCACAUCACAGCUGUGGCUGUUGGCGCUCUGGGAGGGUACCUGAACUAUUACCUGACUGAACAGGACAUAACGAAGAGGCCGCUCUCCUGAACGCGCACCCAGCCUCACCCUGCUGCCACAGCCGGGGUUGUGCAUUCAGGUGAACAGAAUGUUGUAGAUCAUCAGGUAGAGACUCCCAACACAAUAUUUGGCUUCAUGAAAAUGAUGACAAAUACUUAAAAUGUGGCUGUUUGGCACAAACUGGAAAGUAAAGAGAUUUUCUUUUUUGUUAUUUUUUUCCAUGUUGUAUUAUAUGCUUAUAAUGAACAAGAAGUUUAAUUAUCCAUGUGCUCAUUCCUUCCUACAGCUAAGAAUGUAAUUAAUGUAAAAAAAUGAUGCCUGAGGAAAGUGGUGAUUAAGCAGGUGCUCACGUGGUCAUCAUGUUUUUCUGAUCAUCAUCAAACUGCUGUCUGUGUUAGUUCAUUUUUCUGUUGAUGGUGACAAAUAGGGUUGCAAAGGGGCGGAAAAUAUUCGGAAAAUUUCCGGAAACUUUCCAUGGGAAAUUAAACUCGGGAAUUUGGGAAAUUUUGGGAAUAUUCCCGGAAUUUUGCAACCCUAGUGACAAACAAACGGAACAGUGGUUGUCUCCUGGUUGGUAGUUUGCUGUCAUUGUAUAAAGAGGGCGGGUGUCCGACUGAUGGUUUUCAAAGAGUUACAAACAGACACAGUGGGAAGGUGCGGGGUAAGGGGCUCAGUGAUCAGGGAGUCAGAGGGUCACAGAUUAUGGGAUCAGGGGGUCUCAGAUGCCGUUUGCCCAUUGGACUGGAAUACUGAGGCCUUUUACAGACAAAAUGGUGAUUCUGACUUUUCUGUAACAAUUCUUAAGAAAAAUCAGUUAACAAUAUUAAAAGGCUAAAUGGAACAUCCCUGUUUAUUAUAUCUACUACAACUGUGAAUAAACACAUUCAUUAUUUCACAGGAAAAAAUAGCAGGGCACUGAUUAUUCUUUCAAACAUAACAAUCUUUAUUGUCCUUAAAUAAUGUUUCUGUUAUUAAUAAUAAUGUUAUGUAUAGUAUAUAAAACACGCUCACCAAAGAGGAUAUACGCAUGAAUCAUGAAUGUAUGAAGGUGAACUUUAAACAAAGUGUUUAUGUAUUUCAUGUUUAGUAGAAUAAACACCGCUAAUAAAAGAAGCUCAUGAUACUCUG